AUGCCAUUAGGCAUACCCAGUGUGGACCUGGCGUUGCUGACGCACGUGACGCAGCGCCUCGCGGAGUGUCGUCUGCACGCGUAUCGCCCAGGCAGUCACCGCUCUGCCGCCGCGCUGGUGUUGCGCUUUGAUGAUGACACGCAACGAACUCUCACAAGGGAAUUGAGCACCUUCAGGGCCGCCACUGCGCGGCGCGCGUGCGCAGGUUCUGAUGCGACCGAAACAAAGGCCUCAGGUGCAGCGUCGUCCUCACGUGGUAGCGGACUCAGCUCGUCGUUCUUCUCCAGCGCUGCCACCUCUGCCGCUUCAUCUGCUUCAAUGACGCGUGACUUAACAAGGGAUGGCCUCACUGAGCCGUUGGAGUUCUUUAGGUAUCUGGAGCAUCACCACCACUUUCAUCACCACUUGGUUGACUUCGCCGACACCGAUGCCCCAUCUUCCCUGCAGCUGCUCUUUCUGAAGCGACCGAGCAUGGAGGCGAGGUGGUGGAGCGGACAGAUUGUCUUCCCAGGCGGACGCCGAGACCCAGACGACCACGACGACUUCGAUACGGUUUGCCGCGGAACCUACGAGAAGAUCGGGUUUCCACUGCAGCACCAUCGAGAGUUUCUGUGCCUCGGGCGGUUGCCAGACUACCGGCUGCACGGUCGCCUCGGCAGCAGCCGCAGCUUCGUGCAGGCGCGCUUCGUGUUUCUGCACGUGGGUGACAUCACACCAACCGUGCAGCUGGCCACACACGAGGUGGAGAGUGCGCGGUGGGUACCGCUUCGGGUUCUGACCGCGGCGCAUGUGCGGCGCGGGCGUGUAGUGCACCCGCUCCAGAGCUUCGUGAACCCGCAAGACGCAGAUGCGCGACUGCUGCUGGGAGAGGUGUUCCCAAACACCUUCUUGUCCUUUCCAAGUUCUCUGCUGCCCGGCACACCAGUGUUGUCCUCUUCCUCUUCUUCCUCCUCUUCUCCUUCUCCUACCACCGCCGAUGGCACUGAGGCGGACAGGAAUGGGUGCAGAGACGGUCGUGGGAGGUCGAGGACGCGCGAGGAUGCCUCGUCAGCCUCCCCUCAGUCUCCACCAUGGCAUGUGUGGGGUCUCACGUUGCGCACUGCGAACGAGCUUCUGGCGUUGGGCAAUCGCCAAACCUUCGACUGGCCCCUCGUCGAGUCGAACAGCCGCCUCCUGCAAUACGGGGCGCUUUUCCCCAUUCACGGCUACUACGAGCUCCUCUAUCAACUCUACUGGUGGCGGACGUGGAUGUUGGCAAAGAUGCGCUUGCGCCGCCGUGGUGACUCCGUUUCGGGUCGAUGCGGAGCGAGCACCAGUGAUGAACAGCAUGGCAGUAGGGCACUGAACAGCUUACGAAGCGAGUCGCUCUUGUCGAAGCCACUGUCACCCCUCUCGAGGGAGCAGCAGUGGUGGCGGUGCGUGCGUUACGACUCUUCUAUGGAGCGACGGUACGCGGUUCUUCCUGCGUCUGCUGAUGCGCUGCUCUUCGCUGUCCCUGAGACGCCCGCCACGGAGCACGUUGUGAGCUUUGCGGCUCUGUUGAGUAUCGUCGUGGUUGUGCUGUACACCGUGGCGGCACUGAUCGUGAGCGCAUGCGCUGCAGCCGGUGCAGCGCUCGGCCUAGAAGUGAUCCUGAACCGCGAGGCACGGCGUCGCGCUGCUAGUGGCGCUGCAGAUCUGGGGUCUCCCGAGAAUGCGGCCGCAGGCAGUAGUGCUGUGAGCUCUGCUGUGGAUGACGCCGCACCGUAUGGUGAGUUGGGCAUCUCCCGCUCUUGGUGGCCUCGGUGGCUGCGUGACGAUCGUGCCCCGCAUUGGGGUACUACCGCCGAAGAGGUCGUGCCCUCUGCGGAGCUGCGUAGUUCCACCGAGGCUCUGCAUGAGGAACCGUGCCUCCGCGGCGAAAGUGCUGUGCCACCCGAAAUGGUGGACUGGGCUCGAGUGGCGGCAGAGAUGGCAGCCGUGCCGCAACAACUCACAGGUGAGACUUUGACAGAGAUGCACCCCACACCUUCUGACGCUGGUGUAGGCGCAGAGACUCGCACCGUGAGCCCUUCACAGGUAACGAUGACAACCCCGCAUCUCACAACGUUCUCCGCCACCUCGACAGCCUCAGUAGGCACAAAUCGAGAGCGCGGCAGCGUUGGCGACGAAUGGGCGACUGGAAAAGAGCGAGGCGAAGUUAGGCCUGUCACCGUUGGUGUCGCUGUGCCGGCAGAAAUCCACGUAGCAGCUGCUGCGGCGGAGGAUGUGUCGGCGUUAAGCUACGAUGAGGAGCUGGAGGCGAUUAUGCAUCGCUAUCGUCCCGAGGUCAGCGCAAGCCAGUCGGAUGUGUUUCUCUCUCACGUGGGGCAGGCUCUGGAUGGGCAUUCCACUGCCAGUAUGCUUCGUAGUAGGGCUGAGGUAGAGGUAGCCGCUGAGUCUCGCUCUGACACUACUCCGGCGUCGUAUCACAGAGGAGCAGGAUCAACAGAGGAAGGCAACGCUGGCUAA